AUGCCUGGCUACCCAGCCAUGUGCAGAAACAUAACUGUUCCAUACCCGUUUGGCAUCGGUUUAGGUUCAGGGUGUUCCAUUGGAUCAUGGUUUGACAUCAACUGUGACACAUAUUUCACUCCUCCAAAAGCCUUCAUCGGUACAAGUAAUAUAGAGGUUAUUAACAUAUCAGACACCAAAGUCCGGGUGAAAAACCGAAUAGCUUUCAGCUGCUAUGAUAAGUUUGGUGCUCUAACCCUCCAAAGCCCAGUUUUCUUGAAUCUAAACGCCACGCCUUACAGCUUGUCAAAUGAAAAUGUGUUAACAGUUGUGGGAUGUGAUGACAUGUCCUUAGGAUUCAUUCAAAGCUACAGAGGUGGAUGUAUUACAAUGUGCUCAGACAGGAGUGAACUGAGUGACGAAUAUUCUUUGGGAAUUGAGAAGAAUAGCUACGUAUUUCGCCUUUUUGAUCUCUCCAAUCCACAUUUCGAAGAGAGAAUUUUAGAAACUGUGCCACUGGUGGUGGACUGGGUGAUCGACAAUCAAAAUUGUACUGAAGCUCAAAAGUCCAACAAUUUUACUUGUCAAGAAAACAGUGUUUGUCUCAAUUCUGAUUCUGGUUUUGGAGGAUACCGCUGCAGUUGCUCUAGUGGAUAUGUGGGAAAUCCAUUUCUCAAACCAGGCUGCCAAGAUAUCAAUGAAUGCGACAGUAAUCCCUGCGCUGUAAACGGGAUUUGCAGUAAUAUUCCUGGUAGUUACCACUGUUUUUGCCGGAAAGGUUGCGUUGGUGAUGGCAGAAAAUCUGGUGUUGGUUGCAUUCUCUUGAGUUCUAAAUACCUCCCCAGCAUUCAACUAAACUACUAG